ACGAGCUGAGUCUGUGAAGAUUAAGUCACUACAACUGACAAAACAGCUUGCUGGAAAGAAACCUGUUUGGGAGGAUCCCCAAGAAAGGCGAUGCAGAGAGGUCUGGACAAAGUGGCAAGCAAGAGCAGACAGCAGUUUGCUGAGUUUGAAAGAAAUGGCAAGGCUAACCCAUCAUCAAAGAAAAGUGUGGGAAGGAUUGAAGAGCAGUCUUGGACAGCAGCUGUCGCCCGAUCGUUACAUCUUGUGUGGCCAGCAGUAAAGGGACUACUAAUGUUAGGCAUGUCUUUUCUCAUUGCUGCUCUCUGGUAUUGCAGAAGACUCUACACAUACUUAGCACAGCUGUUGAAAUGGUGGAGUAGAUAUCUGCAGAAAAAAUUCAUAAAGAACCUCAGUGUAUUGGCAAAAGUUGAUCUACUUGGUUAUUGUGCAAGAGAAUGGAAAGGAGAAACAAAGCAAGCCAUACAGAUGAGGAAGGUUUAUGAAGAGCUAUUUUGGAGACAUCAUAUUAAAUAUAUACGACAAGUCAGAGGAGAUCACUACUGUGCAUUAAGAGCUGUUCUCUUUCGGGUAUUCAGCCAGGGCAUUUCUAUUCCCUCAUGGAUGAAGGAGAGAGACAUUUUGAAGCUCCCUGAAAAGCUUCUAUAUUCACAAGGUUGCAACUGGAUUCAGCAAUAUAGCUUUGGACCAGAAAGAUAUACAGGAUCCAAUGUAUUUGGAAAGUUGCGCAAAUGUAUUGAAACAUUAAAGGCAAAUUGGACUGAAAUAAGUGGAGUGAAGGACAAGGAUGAAAGAGGAAACAUGUGUAAUAUCCUUUUCUCUGAUGAGAGAAAGGAGUACAAGCUAUAUGAGGCUAUAAAAUUCAUCAUGCUUUACCAAGUCAUAGAAGCUUAUGAACAGAUGAAGAAUGGUCAGGGACAUGUACCCAGGCUUUUUAGCCUCCUAUUUGCCCGUGAUACCUCAUCUGACCCUUUGAGUUUCAUGAUAAAUCAUUUGAAUCCAUUGGGAGACACUGGUGGACUACAGCAGGUGGAAAUGAUUCUUCUGGGAUAUUUACUUGAAGUAAAGAUAAGAGUUUACAGACUGUGUAAGUUUAAUACAGAAGAGUUUCAAGUAAACUAUCCAGAGGAGUAUCACAGGGAAUGGCAUGAGAUCUAUCUUCUGACUGAAGACGACCAUCACUAUCACAUACCUAUUAUCAGUAUAUAAGACUGUUUUUUAACUGUAUACAGUUCAAGGUAAAUUUAUCCCGGUAAAUUUAUCUUCUUGAAAUUAAUCCCUUUGAUUGAAACAGUGAGAUUUUUUUUUAAAGUCUGUGAAAAAUAAGAUUGACUAUGUGUUAACAUAAACUUAUGUAAUAUCUUACUUUCCCAUACCAACCACAUUUCAGCAGUCUGGAUUUAAAAAGCACAAAACACAAAGCCACGCUGACUUCUGAAAGAGUUAAAUUAAAUUGUGUCACCUGUGGAGGGUCUGGUGGAGAAUAUUAUUACUAGAUAGCACAUAGUCACUACUUCAGUUAAAACUUUUAGAAGUAUUUGUGCAUAAAUCAACACAAUUCCAAAUGUUACCUACUUUGUGGUUGAGAAGAGUGCUUCCAGUAACAGAACUGAAGCAGAUGUGACCAACACAGCAGCCUAGGCGUUGCCUGUGUCGGGGGUGGGAGGAGUGCAAAAAACAGUCACCAUCUCGGUGGUGGCUGACCACACCAUGGCAAUCGACGCUGCAGCAGCCAGCAUUGCUCCGUGUGUCAGUUGCCCUGUAUGUGAAGCUGCUAUAAAUAGGGGCUUCAACUUGCCCAAAUCCAGAAAAGCAAAAUGGCAGAACAGGAAUUAACAUUUUACCCAGUAUUUAUCCCUUAUCACUCUAAAUUUUUAAGGGGUUGAUUUCAAUAUUGCUUACCAAGAGGAUAUCAAGAUUUCCAUUACAGUAGGUUUAAGAACUAUUCAGUUCAGCAUACUUGGAAACACUGCAUUUUCAUUAUAUUCAUCCUCUGAGCAUUACAUAUGUUUGGCAGAACUUGUACAUAUUCUAACCUUUUGUAUAUAUCCUUUAAUUGCUGAGUGGUGUUGUUAUGUUUAGUGUUGAGAUCAAUAUUACUUACAGUUUCUGCAGGUCUAAAAAGAGUGCAGUAUAGUAGGCAACUUCUCUUCAACUUCUGUGUGUUUAGACAGUUUCCACAAAUAUUUAAUAAAAAAAAUCAUCUAAGAAAGUAGAAAGAUAGUAGUUAUCUUUAAAAAGUGAGGAUUGCUUCCAGUGUAGAAUUCUUAACACAUUACCGUCUUUCUAAAAGAUGAACUAUAGUCUGACCUUUUGAAAAAUGAGGGUGCCUAACUUAAAUGAAAAUUGAAGUGAUAACACAGGUUUUUUUAAAGAACUAGGUUUUCUGGACAUGGACAUUGUAUUUAAGCUGUAAUUAUCUGAGUUACUAAUACCAGAACUGAACUAAACCUAGUAAUAGUAUACUUAAAGAGAAGAAUUGUAGUAAAUAAGAAGCAUCCAACUUUAAAAGAUAAUAAAACAGUCCCUAUAGACACAUUUCAUGCAUCUCUUAUUUUCAUAGGAAAUAAUUUACCACAAUAACGAAAUACUGAAUGACGCCCUUAGGCGCAAAACAGAUUAUAUAAAAAUGACAUUAAACCUUACAUAAUUGGAGUGCACAGCAAAUUUUCUAUUCUUUUAUGUAAAGAAAAACAACUUUUCCCUUUAAUUUUCUUUUAUGUAUUUGUAUGUAUACAAAACUUUCUCUUAUAUAUUUAUAAAACAAACAUGAAUUGCUCCAUUCUUCAUUUGUUUUCUUUCCUGAAAGUUCAGGUGCUUUAUUCAACAAUUUGUAAGCUGUAAUUAGAAGUGUUUGAUAUAUGACCUUCUCUUACGUCAUCAAAAAUCACAUCUAAUUACAUUUUAUUUAUUAAAAGAAACUUUUUUUUUAUUUCAGCAUGUUAUUCAUUUUUGUUUGGUUUUUAAUCUUCAUAGGGGAAUUUGGAGAUCACUACUACUGUUUUUUCGUGUUGUUUGUUCAGCACUGACAGUGUACUUAGUCAUUGUGCACGUGCCUUUUGCCAUUCUAAUAUUACACUCCACUUACGAUGCAGACAGUCAUGAAGAAAUAUCAUACUUUGACUUGGGAUCUUUAGGAAACAUAUUUGCCUCUGGUUUAUUGCUUUCAGACUGUAGCAGCACCCAGGGUAGCUAGUUUAAAGUUAGUCUGAGUGUGUCUUCAUGAGUUGCAGUCACUGCAGUAUAAAUGUAACCAAGCACUGGAAAAGAUGAACUGGUAAUAGUAUGAAGUGGAAAGUAAAUAGUGGCUAGAAGUCCUAGAGUACUCACCUACACCAAAAAAAAAAAUCUGUAGGUAAUGGAAACCACUCCAAAUAACUACAGAACCUCUUUCAUGUAGUAGUGUAGAUUUAUACAGAUUAACCCACAUUUGGAAUUAUGGAAUAUCCCUUUCUCACAUGAAGUGCACAAAGCUCUGAUCUCUGAAGCAAUAACUUUCAUAAUCACCUCAAAACACUUAAAAUGCAAGUAAUAUCAUAAGAUUACAGGGGUCUGUGAUAGAGAAGAUGUAUCCUUUUACCUAUCCAGUAGGUGGCAUACAAGAUUAAGAAAAUUUUGUUUUUCUGGAUGCUUCUAUUAUUUCCUAGAAUUCUUUUGUUCUUAUGUGACAUUGUGAGUUAAAAUGUAUAAUGCUAGCAGGAUUAUCCAAGGAGUCCUUAAUUUGGUUCUUUCUCAGUUUUCCCUUUACUCAUUGAACAAGAGUGGUGAGUAUCUACAGUCUGCUGUAAAUUUGGUGAUAUUUCUUUAAUUUUGAAAUUUAAAGUUUAUUUUACAUUAAUUAAAGGGUAACAUACCAUUCUGUCCGUAUGUAUAGGAUAUUAUUGUUUACCAGUUUGAUUCUAAUUAUUAAACAGUUUUAGGGUUCAUUGUAAAACUAACAUCCUAAUUCCAAAUAUUUAGAAUACUUUUUUGCUAGUCUAGUAUGUUGUUCUAAUGAGUCCAAAUAGUCUUCUAAUAAAUUUUUAAUCUUAAA